AUGUCUUCGACGUCGUCGCGAGAUUCCUUCACGGCCCGCAUCCAGAUACACUCGACACAAGUUCCGAAGGCGUGGAUCUCGCCCAUCUGCGGUGCCGGCGCAGGUCUGGCAUCCGGCAUCGUCACCUGUCCCCUCGACGUCAUAAAAACAAAGCUACAAGCACAAGGCGGCUUUAACACCAGGACGGCCAAAAAUCCUUAUGGUAAUACGCAGCAGCUGUACAAAGGGAUCCUUGGCACCGGGAGUGUCAUAUGGCGGGAAGAGGGCAUUCGUGGCAUGUACAGAGGCCUGGGUCCCAUGCUACUGGGCUAUUUGCCAACAUGGGCUGUGUAUCUGACAGUUUAUGAGAAUACUCGGGAAUACUGGUACGAUCAAUGUGGCAGUUGGUGGAUGGCCCGGUGUUAUUCCUCCCUAACCGCCGGCGCCUGUUCAACCAUCUUGACCAAUCCUAUCUGGGUCAUCAAGACAAGGUUGAUGUCUCAGUCCGCAAAGACCCCUAGCGCCAGCGACGGCAUGCGAGCCCCCUGGCAUUACACCUCCACUCUUGACGCUGCCCGCAAGAUGUAUCGCACCGAGGGCAUUCGGUCCUUCUAUUCCGGUCUGACCCCGGCACUGUUGGGACUGACCCAUGUCGCGGUACAAUUCCCUUUGUACGAGUAUUUCAAGAUGAAGUUCACCGGCUAUGGUAUGGGUGAACACCCACCCGAAGACAGCACCUCAAACUGGAUUGGCAUCUCCGCUGCCACAUUCUUCAGCAAGAUCUGCGCCAGUACGGCCACCUAUCCUCACGAAGUCCUUCGCACUCGACUACAAACCCAGCAGCGGAGAUCAGCCAUGACCACAUCCGACGGCAUGAAAGUCCAGCAAAAGUAUCUGGGUAUUCUCCACAUGUGCAAAGCCAUCCUCAAACAGGAAGGAUGGCGCGCCUUCUAUGCGGGCAUCGGCACGAAUCUGAUAAGAGCAGUUCCAGCCGCCAUGACCACUAUGCUCACAUACGAGUGGCUACGCAACGUCAUUACGCGAACGCAGGAGAAAGGCGAGCAGCUGAAGAAGCCGGUUGACGGGUACCCGGAGUGA